UGAAACGUCAAGGACUGUAAAUCGAUGACCGAGUGGAUCAACGGUGCCUCCCAUCGGACUUCAUCGUUCACAAUGGCAGACAAACAAAAUGCUCAGAAGAGUGUCAAGAUAGCAGCUGGAGCCGUGGUUUGUGUUGAAAGCGAAAUCCGAGGAGACGUUACCAUAGGCGCCAGGACCGUGGUCCACCCAAAAGCUCGCAUCAUUGCUGAGGCAGGACCCAUUGUCAUCGGAGAAGGAAACUUGAUUGAAGAGCAAGCUCUGAUCAUUAACAGUUACCCAGAAAAUAUUACACCUGAUUCUGAGGUGGAACCAAAAACAAUGACCAUCGGUAUCAACAACGUCUUUGAAGUUGGCUGUGUAUCGCAAGCUUUGAAAAUUGGAGACAACAAUGUGAUUGAAUCUAAAGCGGAUGUUGGCAGGAAUGUAAUCCUCACCAGUGGCUGUAUAAUUGGAGCCUUCUGUCAGGUCAACACUUGUGAGGUCAUACCCGAGAACACGGUCAUCUACGGAUCUGGAUGUAUGAGGAGGGUGCAGACCGAGAGACCCCAGCCACAGACUCUUCAGCUCGACUUUCUGAUGAAGAUCUUGCCAAACUACCACCAUUUGAAGAAAACUGUUAAAGCAAGCCAUGCUGCUAGCUAAAACUUUACUUUUUGAAACUGAAAUGCAGAGAACAUCAAUGUUUAACUAGAUCCCGCUGGAAGAAAGCAUGAAUGUAUAUACUUAUGUACCUACCCUGUUUUUGCUCUUCAAUUAAUAUUUUCUACUCUGAUCUGCAACGGAAGAUUAAGCUUCUCAUCUUUCUCCUGCUAUGCCGAUGUACCUUUUGUUUUUUACGAUUAACUUAUAAGGUACACAAGUUGUACUAGAUUUGCUCAUUUCUUAUGAUGGCAGUUACCAUUAUUUUUAUCAUUAAGUUGUAGAAGGUAAUUUCUGCCGUUCUGAUAAAGAAUUUACACUAACAAUAAAUUAAACAUUUUAAA